AUGCCGCGUCCCCGGAGGCCUGGUGCGCCAGAGCCCAAGCGUCGAAGUCGCAAAGGAUGCUGGCCAUGCAAAGCUCGCAAAGUGAAAUGUGGCGAAGAGAAACCGGCGUGUCUCAACUGUCAGCGACAGGGCGAAUCCUGUGAUUAUAGCGUCCGGCUGAACUGGGGAGGAAGAACGAAACGGACAUCGAUCGACUCGCCAAAUUCUCAAUGCAGUGGGUAUGGCGGCGCCGUAUUUGGUAUUUCGGACUCGUUCACAAUCAACAGCAUGAGCCCGGGGUCAAUUUCAACUCCAUCCUCGGUCCCAGCACCGACCAGCAACAAUUCUGGAGAUGGGUUCAUCACUUCUCACCCUGGGGACCUGACAUCCCCGGGCGCCAUUUCGCCCAGUACACCGGCGCCAGGCAUAUUUGGCUCCCCAAAACCCGGAUCGGGUUCUGAAAGGGUUACAUCCCCGAAUCAACUCGAUGUCCAAUUUGCUUCUACAUGGGCAGAGCAUUCUCCUCCGAUGACGACAUCGGUAUCCUCCAGGGGUUUGUCACAAUAUCCAUUCGGACAGCAGACUUUUGAUGGUCUGUCGUUUCCAGCUUCAGCAGAUCAUGGAUCUGGCUUGAGGUCUCUCUCUGCGUUCGCCUUCCACACGAGCCCAGUCUCGCAGCCAGUUUCAUUCUUGCGUCACUCUGUGGACGUGUCCAAUCAUCAGCCAGAGGCAUUCAUGUUUCACAAUAAUGAUGAAGGGAAGCUUGUCCAAGGUGGCCAGGAGUCAGUCGAUGACCAUGAUGUAGACCUCACUGGGAGCAUGAAGAGCGGAACUUCGCGUAGUCCACAUGAGACGGGGGCCUUAUCUUCCUUGCUGUUUGAUUCGCACAAAGCGUCAAUUGCAGGAAGCAAUACGACCUCGUCCCCGAAACUUGGUGAAAUGCCUAUGACUAUGGGCUCAACACACGACUAUCACGAUGACUUGAGCCGUGAUACCCACAAUUCGAUUGAAAACGCCAAUCAAACCGACCAAGCCUCCCGCGAUUCGACAAUGGCGCAGAACAAAUGGCAGACAUAUCUCAACAGCGUGACCGACAACUAUGGCUUAGACUCUGGGCGUCCUGAUCAAGACUUGAUGUUUAAUAACGACCACGCAGCCAUAGAUAUCAACUACGCGCUGGAUUUGAUCAGUUCGCGGUGGCAAGACCAGGAAUUCUCCAAAGCAUCACCCCCCCAACCGACGGUCGAUACACAGACACAGUUCUGUAGCGGUUACUAUGCGUCCUCAGUGCCGAUCAACAUCCCGAGAUAUUUGUCUCCCCUUCCGUCGUCGCUGUUGGAGAACCCUAUCAACUUGAUGUACUUUCAUCACUUCCUCAACCAUACUGCGCGAAUGCUGGUCCCACAUAGCUGUGAUAACAAUCCGUUCAUAUCGGUUCUGCCGUCAAUGGCAAUUGGUGAUUCCAAUCUCCUCAACUUGCUUCUAGCAUAUUCUGCCAGUCACCGUGCCCGAUACCUAGGACAUCCAGAGCCAGCUAACCGAAUUGCGCACUGGGUUAGCAAAGUAUUCCCAACAUUGCGGGUGGCGUUGGAAUCUUCAAGCGAAGACAUAACCGACAGUCAUUUGGCUGCUGCUAUCAUGCUGUUAUCGCUGAAAAUUGUGUCACCAGGAACAUUCGAGGUUCCCAUCACAUGGAAAAGCCACCUCAAGCUUGCCCGCGAUUUGUUCCUUGCACGAAGCGAGAGAAUGGCACAACCAGGAAACAGAAUCGGGGCCUUCUUUGCCCGUUGGCUAGGAUAUCUAGAUACUAUGGGAGCAUUAUCCUGUCGCCAAGCCGGUCCCCCGUUGAUGAUAUACAACUCAAUCCUGACGGCCUGCUCACCCGAUAACCACGAUGAAUUCAUUGUUGACUGUUUCACGGGGUUCACACCUCGCACAGGAGUGUUCCUCAUUCGUCUCGCUCGUCUGGUCCAAGAAUGCGAUAAUCAACGUUUCGAUGAGAUGGGACACUUCCAGCAUGACUGGCAUGCAUCUGCAGACGUGGUGUUAGAAGCACAAGCAGUUCUAGGCGAAAUUGAUGGGCUAAGUGAGCACGCACAUACGAACCCCGAUCACCAUCAGGGCAUUGAAUCGUCAGACAUGAUGGCCAUUGAAGAAGCAUUCCGGUUUGCUGGACUUUUGCAUCUCCACCGGCGUGUCCUUGGAUCUCCACCAGACUCUUUUCCCGUGAAGGAGGUCUUGCGUAAGCUCAUCGAUGCCCUGUCACGGAUGCGCCCUGGCGCUGCCACUGAGGUCUGUUCCUUGUUCCCAUUGUUCACUGCUGGCUGCGAAUCCCGAGAUGCGCCACAGCGUUCUAAGCUCUUGGAUCGGUUCUUUGUUCUGGAGAGCUCAGGCCUAUAG